UCCACUCGGCGAUGCAGAAUGAGCACACCUGUUAAAAACAUCCAAAGACGUUAAAGCGCGCACCUUAGUCUAAAUGAAAAUAACAGCAAACGCCUGAUGCCAGAGAAAAGACACGUACAUGUUUUCAACUUCAAAACAUGAUUUGAUGCUCUGGCAUACACCAGCAAUGACAGCUACAUGGGGAGUUUUAAUGAUUCUAGGUUUGCUGUGCAAUACGGAGUCGAAGUGUUCACCUACCACUUUUUACAAAAAUUGCUGGAUUCGUCGUUUUCCUGGGAUUUUUAUUGACCUUGUCGAGUCUCAAAGAAAAGGCGCACAGCUACUGAAGUUUUACCAGGAAGACACUGCUAUGAACUGUAGUAAAGCGUGCUGCCUCACAAGAAAUGUCUCCUGUAAUCUUGCGGUGUUUCAUUACGAGACCACAGAGAACAGUGUCAACUGCUUCCACUUCAACUGUCCAACGCUGGAGAGCUGCAUCCUGAGAAGGAGGAGCAAUGUCAUCCUGUACAACAUUACAAAAGGCGUUGAUCCAGACCUGCUUGUUUUUGGCAAGUAUUUUACAUCGAGCCUUCGACUGUGGCCCAACCUCUCAACCUCGAGAUCCAACACCUCUGAGUCCUCAUCCUUGGACAAGCGCCAGUUUCACCGGCCACCCCUUUCUUCCUUCACUUCCCAGACUUCCCCUGACAUGAAGGUCUUGACAUCCCCACAGCAAGCGGACUGGGGGAUGAGGAAAACCACUCAAACAACCUCUAUCUUUGUCAGCACACCGCAGGCCAGUGUACACAGCACAGUGAAUACCUUGGCAGUGGAGGCUGUUAUGGGCAAUACUACACUGCAGCCGAUUCUGAACACCUCCCCAGCAGGGAACCUCACAGCAGUGUCUGCUGUAACUAAGCCCUACUCCAAUAUUGUGGUACCAGUCAAUUUUGACAGCAGCAAGCAAUACCCCAAUGAUACCAAGGGUUAUGUCAUGAGGAACCACACUUCUGAGGAGGCACCUGGCCAUCUGAGACCAGUCUGGGAGUUGGCCACAGGAGCGCUGCUGGCCCCAGUGAUCAUCUGCUCCAGCAUUCUUCUGGCCUGUUGCUGCACCAUCCUGUUUGCAGUAGGCUGGCGUAGCCGGAAGAGGGGUCAUUACAAGACAACCUGGAGAAUCAAGAGGGGCUCAAUGCGUUUGAUAAAGUAUGUCAUUGUGAGGGAAAGCUUGUGAUGGGGGGGAAACCCAAGUCUCUAGUCAAUAAAAAAAACAUCCGGCCGAGUCCAAGCAAAACCUGGGUCUCCCACCAUUUACUGCUUCCAGAUCAGUCCUGUCAAUGUCCUAUAAACAGAAUAAAGUAAAUGAAAAAAUAGAACAGAAAGUAAAUUAAAAAUAUACAGUAUACAAUCGCUCCUUAUCUUUUCAUUCAUGAAAGUGUGUUCUUUAUCUGAGCGAUAUUAACUGCCGGUCCAGUAUUUAGAAAUGGUUGCUGUAUGGAAGGAAUGGGAUGAUUUAAUGGUUCCCGAAACAGAACCUACAGUACAACUGAUGAUGCAUCUGCAGUUAGAUAUGGGAAAGGAAGAUCAAUCCUUGAUGAUAUUUCAGAAUACACUGAUGCAAAAUAAAAAUGCUCUAGGACCUUAUAUUAUUUCGAAUGCAUGUGGUUGUGAUAAACAUUUCAAGAAAUUUCAAGUCAUCUUCACUUAAAUACUUAAUUCACCCAGGGGACUUGACCUUAGAUCUGGAAGGACCACCCUCAGUGCCAUUGACAAGAGAAGCUUUCACUUCCCAUGGUAAAUUUGAUAUACAAGUCUUUUCUGUUUGAAACGAAAUCCACCUGAAAGUGCUUUCUACAGCGGGCCUUUCCGUCACACAAGAUGGCGUGUGAGUUUUCCCUGAAACUGCAAAAUGAAAGGCAAAGCUGUGUUGUAUUCAUAGAUGAAGAGGCAAUAAUUCCAGUGUUGUGGAUCAAGGAACAAGCUUGCACUGUAGCUUUAGUCUAGGAAAAGACGGUAUUUGAGAAAAGAAAAUCAUGUCUCACAGUAUUUCAUUUUAGGUGGGAAAAUUGUACUUUUUCAUCUUCAGUUUGGGACAAUCAUUCUGUUGUUAGUAGACUUCCCUUCAGAAAGAUUUUUAGCUGUUGUGAGAAGCACAAUCUUUGUUCUGUCAAUUGAGUAAUACGUUAAAGUGCUCUGUUUUUUUUCUUUAUUUAAAGAAGCCUUUGCACUAAAUCAGUGUCAGUGUUUGUAGCUUAUUCUUUAAAUCACUAUCUGAAUGUAUUAAAAUGUACAGUAUAUACAGUGCCUUGCGAAAGUAUUCGGCCCCCUUGAA